AGCUCCCACAACAUUUCAUUGAGGUGGAGGAGGUUCAGACAGAGCAGCAGCUCAGUGAAGAGGGGACUAAUUUCAGUUUGGACCAUGAGGAUUUAGAUCCAGAACAAAUUGAAGAAAAACACGGAGAAGUCUGCAUCAGUCCUGACAAAGAUCAGCUUGUAUUUAAAGAAGAAACAGAAACUCUAUCCAUGAAUCUUUCAUGUGAUGAAGGUGACACAAGUGUAGAUCAAACUGUUUGCCAUAAUCCUGCCAAAUCUCAGAAUGCAGKAGAAAUGUCCAUAGAUGACGUGUCCAUUAAAAGUUCUACUUUACCAGAACACAAUAUCAACAAUCUCACACCUCAGAUUUCAGUCUCCCACAUCUCCAAGUCUUCUCAUUUAGCGGAGAGCCGAGAUCCCAAUGGAAACAAGCAAGCAGGAUCAAAACCAGCUGGAUAUGUAGAGACAAAACUGCAGAGGAGAUUCUGCAGAGUGAAUGAGCAACAUCAUUCUUUCAUGUUAAGCACUCCCAUUUAUACACGCACGGGUAAGAAGUGUGAGUUUUUUUGCGACACCUGUGGGAAAGCAUUUCCAUUCAAGUCCAAACUGAUCCGACACCAGAGGAUCCACACAGGAGUCAAGCCUUAUGGUUGCCACAUCUGCGGCAAAAGGUUUAACCAGGCGUCAAUACUGAAAGUCCAUCAGAGGAUCCACACGGGCGAGAGGCCAUAUUCCUGUGACCUGUGUGGAAAACGAUUCAAUCAGAAAUCUAUUCUGAAUGGUCAUAAAAGGAUCCACUCAAUCGAGAGGCCAUAUUCCUGCGACAUCUGUGGGAGAAGAUUCAAUCAGAAAUCUAAACUGGACUCUCAUGUCAUUUGGCACACAGAUAUACCACAGCCUUCUUUCUUUGAAGAGGACAACUUUUUUACUGAGCAGCAGCUCUUCGAUUAUGAGAGGAACUCUAAUUUGGACCAGAAUAACCUGGAGUUUCUUCCAAUUAAAGAAGAACAGGGAGAGCUCUGCACCAGUCCAGACAAAGAGCAGCUGGUACUAAAACAGGAGACGGAAGCUUUUCUGACAGCUCCUCCGUACAACACAAGUGACCAGGGUGUAGCUCAAACGCCUAACAGGGAUCUGUUUGAACGUCAGAGUGCAGCAGAGGAACAGCCUGAGGAAAUGUCAGAGUACAGAGGAGGCAAGCAGUCAGAGCAGAAACAUCAUGAAAGCACUAAUUUAUAUAAUCCCGUCAUGUUAAAGACUCACUUUAAUCCCUGUAUGGGUCAAAAAUGUGAAUAUAGAUGUGAUACUUGUGGGAAAACGUUCCAGUUUAAGUCCAGGCUGCUCCGGCACUUUCGAAUCCACACGGGAGUGAGGCCGUUCUGCUGCCAGAUGUGUGGGAAGCGGUUCAAUCAGAAAUCCAUACUGCAAGUUCAUCAGCGGAUCCACACGGGCGAGAGACCGUUCUCCUGCGACAUCUGCGGCAAAACCUUCAAUCAGAAAUCCAUCCUGAACGUCCACAAGCGAAUCCACACGGGCGAGAGGCCCUACUCCUGCCAAGUCUGCGGCAAAAGGUUCAACCAGAAGUCGAUACUCGACGGUCAUUUCCGAACGCACACGGGCGAAAGACCCUAUUCCUGCAAGACGUGCGGGAAAUGUCUGAAGAGUCACUCCAGCCUGCUGGUCCACACGAAACGACACACGAACGAGGAGGUGUAUUCUCGUGAGAUGUGGGAGGAGUUUCCAACUCUGCAAGUUCAUUUAAAAAUGUAUCCUGUCCAUAUUAUGCGCACAUUCGUCUGUGACCGACUGACUGCGGCUGCGCAGGAAAUACUGGGAGCUUUUGAGAAAAGAGUUGACGAUUAUGAGGCAGAGAUCGCUCGCCAGCGCAGACUGUUGGAUAAGGUGUUCUCACAUGAAACAAAGUUACAACAAACAGAAUUACUUCUCAGUGAAGAACAGUCUCAGCUGAACCAGACCAGUAACAAUGAGUCAAGGUCCAAAUUUCUGGCCGAUAUUACAAAAAUUAAAGAUGAACAUGAAGAAAUGUGCAUCAGCGAGGAGCGACUGCAGAAUCAACAGCAGCAGACGACAACUUAUGAUCCAGAUGUCUCUGUUGAUCACCCUCAGCCUUUGGACCUUGACCAGCAGGGUUCAGCAAAUACUCCUUCUCCACCUCACAUUUCAAACAAAGAUGGAGAACCUGAACCUGACACGGUGAUAUCUGCUGCUUCAGCAGCACACAGUGACCAGACACUCCAUGAAAUCUCACGUGAAGCUGAGAUUCAACGACACGCAGCUGAUWACAAUGACGGUGCACCCGUGCAUGUUGAGGCGUCCGUCAAUGAGAAGAGUGCUGCUGUGAAACCCGUGGAAACAUCAGCAGAAAACAUACUUUUUGCUGAAUGCUYUGAUGAAUUGCCAGAUCAGAUAAAWGAUAAUGAGAGCACAGCRUUACAAGUGGCCACUGAGUGCUUUUUAGAUGAGAACUGUGAUGACUCAAAGACGACACCAGUCAGYGUUACAGAGCCAUUGCAGCUGGAGGAAAGUAAUGCUGAAAACACAAACUGGGCCAGUAGUAAUGAACUAACGCAGAUAGACAGCGCAGCAUCAAGAACAGACAAUGAGCAACAGAGAGAAGUGGUAACGCAUCAAUCAAAAGCCACCCAGUCUGAAGGAAACAACCAGAUUAAAGAUGAGAAAUCAGCCUUACCAAGAAGUGUUGAGCCAACUCAAUCUGAGGAAAGUCAAGCUGGGAGACCAGUGUCAACCUCAAAUACAACAUCAAAUGAAACAAGUCAAGAUAGGAAAUGUGAUUUAACUGAAAGUUUGGAGGCAGCUCGGAUUGAGACGAGUGAUAAGGACACAACGUUAGUCACAAACAAUGAGCCGGCAUCGCUCAUAAAAUGUCAAGAUCCAAGUUCUACUGAACGCCUUGAGGCACCGCCGCAGGAGGAGGGCGAUGAGACCCCRACUACUGCAAGUAAAGAUUUACCAAGCAGCGAAGUUGCUGCAACGUCAUUUAAAAAAACUAAACUUGGACCUAAAAAGAAACCUAAAGUUGAGAAGAGGUCAAAAAGGAUUUCUGAUUUAACAGCAAAAACAAAGCCAAAAGAUGAAAAAGCAUCACGKUCCAGACUGAGGUCACACAAGAAACACAAUGAUGACGGCACACGUUCGAUAGUGCAUUCAGCCUCUACGAGCGGCGAUGACCCAAAUGACGCAACGUGGGAACCAUCUGAGGGAAGUUCAGAUGAGAUGCAGGUAGAGGAGAAAGCAACAACUUCGUCAGUUUCAAAACAAACACAAGGCAAGAAGCCCAGUCCUGGGAACACAGCUUCAACUGGAAACAGUGAGUCGACACGGAGGGCAAAUGUUAAAGAGGAAACAUCAGAAAGCACAAAAACACCCGUUAGGAGACUUAGUGAUAGGAAAAAAGCCUCAACUUCCAAAGGAAAACAUAAAGCAAGUGAUCAAAGCCAAACGUCAAGUAAAAGCAAGGAGUUGUCCUUAAAACAGAAAGCUGGUGCCGCUUCAAAGAGUGAAGAAGGAACAUCAGGCAAGAGGCAAAAUGAGGGUCAAAGUAGUGACUCAGAACAAAAGAAGAGACCUAAAAGUGAAAGCCUUACAUCAACAAAAAGUAAUGAAGAAAACAUACUGGAGAAAGACAGCACAGAAUCACCUAAAGGUCCUGAGCCAUCGCCCAAGCAGAGCGAUGACGCUUCAGGCGACAGUGCAGAGGAAAGGGAAAAUCCCUUCAAGUGUGACACGUGUGGCAAAGUCAUGUCCAAUUUCAAGAACUACAAAUUUCACAUGAAAUCCCACACCGUUGCAAAGACCUUCAAAUGCGACACGUGUGGGAAGAUGUUCCGCGAGAGCUGGGAUCUGAACAAGCAUCUGGUGAUCCACUCCGUCGAGAAGCCUUUCAAAUGYGACAUCUGCGGCAACGGAUUCAACCGGCGCUACAACCUGGACCUUCACGUCCGGGUGCACACAGGCGAAAAGCCCUACAAGUGCGACACGUGCGGGAAGAGCUUCAGCUCGUGCGUGAACAUGAAGAAGCACACGAGGAUCCACACGGGCGAGAAGCCCUACACGUGCAAAGACUGCGGCAAGGAGUUCGCAGAUUCCUCCGCUUUCAAAAACCACCUGCGGGUACACACGGGGGAGAAGCCCUUCAAGUGCACCUACUGCAAGAGGAAGUUCGCCACCAGGACCACUUUGAAGAGGCACACCAGAACUCACACGGGCGAGAAGCCGUACAAGUGCACGGUGUGCGAGAAGAACUUUGGUCACAAAACAGACUUGAAGGGUCACAUGAGGAUGCACACAGGCGAGAAGCCUUACAAGUGUGUCGUCUGUGCGGACCAGUUCUCCACCUGGUCUAAGCUGAAUAAACACAAGCGGAUCCAUGCAAACGAGCCACAAAGCUCCGCUCACAAGUCCGUGUCGAAUAUGGAGGAACAAAAUCAAACAUGAAAGAACUUGGGGCAAUAUAUUAGAUUAUCAAAUUAUUUAUUGAUGGUUUUAUUUCUACAUAGUAAGUCUGUCACCAAAGAGACAAUUGUGGUUGUGUCUAAAUUCAGGGGCUGAGUCCUUCAAAGGACAUGGCCUAGCUGGUCUACGUGGUCCUUUGUCAACCACAAACAUCUAUGUUAUUGAAAUUGGACAGUCUAGCUUUAUCCCYCCCACCCCUUGCCCUGGUGUAUGUCCUGUCCUGAUCUAUUGAAAAUAGAGCAAAAUUAACAAUGUUAGUAUUAUAAAGUAACAGAAUUAGCUUAGAGGCAAACCAUGAAGAACUAARGGACUUGCCAUAUGAGCUGGUUUACAAUGAUUUCUGAUAAGAAUARUAUGUUAAAAGUGGCAAACAACAUAACCACUUUAAACUUUAAUCUCAUUGUCGGGCCGCAAUGCGUCUAAUGCURCGUUCAUACUGAACAYGUUUUGAGCAGCAAAAAAGUGCCCARCGCCUCCAGUUGGACGCACUAUGUUCAG